AUGGUGCGCAUGGGCCAGAACAAAGCGAUUGCCUGGGGAGCCUUAAAACACUCCAUAGUUUCCUUCAGAAUGCCGUGUAGCCCGGAGUUUUUACGAGCUUUUGAGGAAGCGUGCUCAGUGCUAACCGCCGAAUGGGUGGCGCUGGCUAUCCAGGAAUCUCACCCGGUGCACCAAUACCAGUGCGCAAGGGCGCAGCAGGCGGAUGGAUCUUUUCAAACGCAGGCGGAACUGGAAGCAGCUCGUCACCGCAAGCAGGCCUGGGGCCCUACGGGUAACAUCACCGCCUCGCCGGACCCCCGCAGGCCAAGGGACGAACCCCACUCAGGUCACGAUGUAGGACGACGUACUUUAUAA